AUGGUCGGUCCAGACGUUUCUGACCUUCAGCACUGCCGGGUUUCAACUUCUCUUCGCGACUUCGGCAAUCCAGGUCUGUCCAUUGACGAGACUCCGCGCUUGAUGAUCAACGGUGCCAAGCGUUCCUGUGAAACGCCGUGCACUCGACGUAACGGUAACGGUUCGAGCUCCACGCGAGGAAGGAAAUCAGCCGCGCCAACGGAAGGUGGAAGGGUGUUGUGGCUACAAAGAGUUCCCUCGUUGGCCAAUGGUGUGACUUUGUGGUUAGAGCUUCUUCGGCAGACUUUACGGUGGAAUUGUCGAGGCCGGAGACUAUGGGUUCAAGUCCAAUAA